AUGUCAUAGAACUCUUAAUAAAUCAUUCCAAAAAAGCUUUUCAAAGUUUGCUGCUGCUGUAUACCUAUUUAAGCAGCUGUUAACAUUAUUGGUGUAUUAGAUGUUAUUGCUCUAAUUGGAGCAAUGAUGGUAGUUAUUCUAAGUUUAAUAGGCAACAGUCCACGCGGAUAAUCAUACUACACAGGAACCUAUCUAUUUACUAUAAUUCCAUCCUUUCUUCUCAUUCGACUUCCUAGAGCAGUAUUUUACUUUAGAAUGCGAAUUAACAUGAUCGGUACUAUUUCUAUUAGGUUUAGUGGAAAUAAAAAUAGCACAUAAAACUCCAAAGACGAUAAUGAUGAUAAAGAAAAUUCUGGCUAUAUAGCUUUUCAAAUCAUAAUAGGAGUUGCAUAAAUAUUUGCGUAUUGUGUAAUUGAUAUGUACUUCACAUUGUUAGUCAGAUAAUAUAGAGACAAUCUUAUAUUAGAUUAAACAAGAGUCCAUACUGAUCGAUCAUCCUAAGCGCAGAGAUAGAGAUAAGGGUCACAAUAAGGUUAGGAUGUAGAGAGUCAAUGCCCUGUUGUAUCAGGAAUUCCAGUUCAGUAGUCGCCGAUAAAUUACGAUUCAAUGUAUGGGUUUUAAAUUGUUGGGGUCGGAGAGCAAGGACCUGAAUUGGCUAGUCAAAAGUCAGAUUAGACUAAAUCAAAUAGAAGGAGUGCUAAAAGUCUUGAGAAACUUUCUUAUUAUCCUGGCCUGCCAGUUUAUGAUUACGUAUCUCCAACUAAUAAUAAUGAAUCUCAGAUAGUAAGAAGAUAGAGCACUCUAAUUAGUCAGAGAUUAAACUACUCCUCCUAAGUGUCUAACAUUGCUUGA